GCACAAAACGAAAGAGGCGGGACAAAUUGCCGCGGGUUCAGUACCGCCACUGGAACCGGGAGAUGCGGCGCAGGAACUGUCGCUGUUUGCUUAUAGCUGAGUCUCGUCUCGUACUGUGGUUCCUUUUGCGUCUUGGAUCAUGUUGUUACCCUCGGACGUGGCCCGGCUGGUAUUGGGUUACUUACAACAAGAAAACCUCACUUCUACCUGCCAGACCUUUAUAUUGGAAAGUUCAGAUUUAAAAGAAUAUGCAGAACACUGUACAGAUGAAGGUUUUAUCCCAGCCUGCUUACUGUCCCUAUUUGGAAAAAACUUGACAACAAUUUUGAAUGAAUAUGUAGCUAUGAAAGCAAAAGAAACAUCAAAUGAUGUCCCAGCAAUAAUGUCAUCUCUGUGGAAGAAGUUAGACCAUACACUUUCUCAGAUCAGGAGCAUGCAGAGUUCCCCGGGAUUGGCUGCCAGUCAGCGAGUCCGAACAAGAAAUGGAAUUGCAGAGAUCAAACGACAAAGAAGGCUUGCAUCUCAGGCGGCUCCUGUCAGUUCGGAUUUGCUGGUUUUACCUUACGUUUCAGCACAGUUUACUACUGCUCCUUUGACGGCUGCACAGCCUGUUCAACCAACUGGCCAAAUUUCAGCUCCAAUGCGGUCAAAUUUUGUAGUGGUCAAUCAUUCACAGUCCCAAGAUACUGUAACUACUGGAGAGCCUUUAAAUAUCAUUCCUGGUCCUCAGGAAAAGAAGUCGCACGCCAGUUUAAUGUCACCUGGCAGACGUAAAAGUGAAUCACAAAGGAAAAGUAUUACUUUGUCUGGGCCUCACUCAACAAUACGGAAUUUCCAGGACCUAAAUGCAUUUGCAGUAGAAAAACAAAUGGUUAUUGAAAAUGCACGUGAAAAAAUAUUAAACAACAAAUCUCUUCAAGAGAAGCUUGCAGAAAACAUUAACAAAUUUUUGACUAGUGAUAACAGUAUUGCUCAAGUACCCAAACAAACAGAUAGCAACCCUGCCGAACCAGAAGCUUCAAUUGAUGAACUCCUGGGACUUCCGAGUGAAAUCCACAUGUCUGAAGAAGCUAUACAAGACAUAUUGGAACAAACAGAAUCAGACCCAGCAUUCCAAGCAUUGUUUGAUCUGUUUGACUAUGGUAAAACAAAGAACUGUAAAAAUAUAUCACAAAGCAUUUCUAAUCAGCAUAUAGUUUUACCCGAAGAAACAAAUCUAGUUGUUAAAAGUUCUUUUGAAAUACAAGAAUCUGAUGGUCAGUCUGGUCAGCCUGCUUGUACGUCCUGUCAGAAUGAAGAGGCACUAGAUGUUUUGAAGAACGGCAGCAGCCAUGAAGCGCUGAGACAGGAAGCCCAGGACGGUUUUCCCCAAAUAGAACCUAGCAUCCAGAAAAAGUCUGUUAAAACAGUAGCACCUACAGAACAGAAGUGUGACCUUGACAUUACCUUUGAAUCUGUGCCUAGUUUGAGUGACUUUAACCAAACAGGAAAUUCUCAUGCCGAAUGUAACCAGCAUUGUACUGAACUAUAUACGAGUCAGAUCCCUCCUGAAACUGAAAGGGCCAUGGAAGUUGGAAAGAAUACUGUGUCUCCGAAUGUGCCCUGUGAGUCUCAGUUACAGCCUAGUCAGUCUGAAGUACCAGUAACUUCAUUUGUUACCCUUGGUGUUGAAAUGAACAGUGAAAACUUAAGUCUGUCUGGGAAAAGUUCUCAACUUUUAUCUCAAAAUACUCCACUCACCGGAAAGCCGUCUAAAAAUAGUCAGCUUUGUGAAAGUCUUAACAAUACAGUGAAACCUAAAACUAGUUUUCAUAGUUCCAAGUCACAAGAUCCUGGUGAACUUCAGAAGAGUAAAAUUGAGAUGAGUAAUGUACUGCCGGUUGUAUCACCACAACUACCAGUUUGCCAGACUAAUUUACUUCAAAGUGAAAUACUGCCUGUGUCUGUAGGAAGUUCAGCUUUACAUGUCUCUGAACAACAAAUAGAAGUUUGUCUUGAAGAUUCAGUCUCUUCAGUUAAACAACCGUAUGAUGGUUCCACAGCUGUUGAGCUAAGUCAUGCCCAAAAUGAGACUGAGCCACACAAGUCUGACAAGGCUGCUGUGGAGCCACAGGAGCCUUCCUCUCCCGUAAAAGGAGGAGAUAACAUUUUUCUCUCUUUGGUCAGCACUGACAGCUGUGGGGAAGUUGCACAGAUACCUCCAGAAGGUAACUGUAUGAAAAACAGUCACUCUGUUCCUUCUGAACCUGGGUGUUCUUCAGUGGGAGAUCCUCACUCCGAGUCUCAAAAUCUUGGUGAUAAACCUUGUAGUGACAACUCUGCAGAAGUGGAUGCAUCAAAUAUUGUCUCCCUCAAAAUUAUCAUUAGUGAUGAUCCAUUUGUGUCCUCGGAUACUGAACUUACCAGUGCUGUGUCCAGUAUCAGUGGAGAAAACUUGCCAACUAUCAUUUUAUCUUCUCCUGAUAAGUCGCCUACCAAAAACGCAGAAUUAGUUAAAGACCUGUCUGCAGAGGGAAUUGCAGGUUCUGUUGUGUCUGCUGCAGUAGAGGGCUCAGCUUCUGUGGAACAGAGCCUUUUGACACUCAAACCGGAGGACACCAAAGUAAAUGACACUCAGAGUGAAGAGGGCAGUACUUUUUCAGCAAGUAUCACUCCGUGUGUUUCCAAGGAGGGAGGAUUCAUACAGUUGAUGCCAGCCACAAGCACAACUUUCGGCAACUCCAAUAACAUUCUCAUUGCUACCUGUGUGACUGAUCCAACAUCCUUGGGAACAACAGUCAGUCAGUCUAAUGUUGUGGUGUUGCCUGGAAAUUCUGCGACUAUGACCUCACAGCCGCCCCCACCAAAGUUACAGACACCACCGAGAUCAAACAGUGUGUUCGCUGUCAACCAAGCUGUGUCACCAAACUUUUCACAAGGUUCUGCCAUUAUAAUUGCUUCUCCAGUCCAACCUGUACUCCAAGGAAUGGUGGGCAUGGUCCCCGUGUCUGUGGUUGGACAGAAUGGAAAUACCUUUUCUGCACCUCCUCAGCAGGUCCUUCAUGUGCCUUUAGCAGCACCAGUGUGCAAUAGAAGUAUCCCCCAAUUCCCUGUUCCUCCCAAGUCUCAGAAGGCACAGGGGCUGAGAAACAAGACGUGCACAGGCAAACAGAUUAAUAAUUCGGCAGAUUCAUCAAAUCAUUCAGUUGGAUGUCAUGCACAAAGAACUGAAGUUUCUGACAAGAAUAUGGUCACAGGACUUGGGAAAAAAAUGGAAGAGAUCACAGUUACCUUCUCUGGAGAGAGCACAGUUCCAGCUAGCAAACCAUUUGAAAGCCAUAGACGUGUGCUAUGUUUUGAUACCACUUCUUCUGUGGCAAACACACAGGGGUCAGGCCAGAAGAUGACAUCCCAAAACCGGGAAAGGAGUGAAGUUGCCUCUUCUCAUCUCGACUCACCCAUUGCAUCCUCCAUGUUAAAACCCUCUUCUAAUUCUACCAAAAAAGAAAAAGAGAAAACCCCUAUGCCCAGGAUUUUAUCUAAACCAGAAAUUGCUAUUAUUCGGCAUACCACCGUAAAAGAAGCUGAGUCAGAAAAGAAAGUUUCACCAACAGAAAUGGUACUUGAAUCCUUCCAUAAGGCAACAGCUAAUAAGGAGAAUGAAUUACGCAGUGAUAUGGAAAGGCAGAAAAAUUCAGACACUUCAAAACUGUCUGUUGGGCAACAACAUGGGAGUUUACGAAAUGAGAAAGCAGUGUCUUCACUGCAGGAAUUGACCAAAAGACAAGCUACAUCUUCAAACAGUAAAAAUCUUAUUUCAGUAAGUACAGCUAUGAAGGAUCUAAAACAGGAGCAAACAAAGACUGUGAACUCUUUGAACACCACAGAAAUACUACAUGAUGUGCAGUUACAGAGCCCCGUAAAUAGACUCACUGAUAGUAGUGAUUCACCUGUGCCCCGGACACCUGGCUCCGGAGCGGGGGAAAAACAUAGGGAAGAACCCUCAGAUGUCAUCAAGGCCCCCUCUAGUAGGCGUUUGGGCGAUGACAGUAGCACAGCCAAAGUAAUGAUCCCUCCUGUCGCUCCAGACUUGCCUGCCUGCAGCCCUGCCAGUGAGACAGGCAGCGAAAACAGUGUCAGCAUGGCCGCGCACACACUGAUGAUUCUCUCCAGAGCAGCCAUUUCCAGGACUGCAUCCACAACUCCUCUAAAAGACAACACACAGCAGUUUAGAACGUCUUCAAGAAGCACCACCAAAAAAAGGAAAAUUGAAGAAUUAGAUGAGCGUGAGCGGAACUCCCGCACUUCUAGUAAAAGUCUUGCACAUUCAUCAAUACCAAUGAAAAAAAAGAAAAUUAAGAAAAAGAAGCUGCCUGGUUCAUUUCCAGCAGGAAUGGACGUGGACAAAUUUUUGUUAUCAUUGCAUUAUGAUGAGUAAGCAUUGGAAACACAUAAGAACGUUGGUUGUUUAAAACUUGUACCCCUUAAACUCUGGGUGUGGGGAAUGGGAUAUCGAUAGAAAUUGAAAACAUGACCUGCACUUUUUCUUGUACUAAAGUUUUACUUUAUACCUAAUCAUGCUGUUUAUGAAGCAGCAUUGUAGUUUGUACAUACACUUGAUAUAUUUCUAUUUUGGAAAAAAAAUUAGCAGAAAUGUAAGUAAAACCAAUCUGCAAAAACUGUACAGCUUUGACAAUUGCAUAUUGUAAAUAUUGUAUAAAUCUUGUGAAAAUAGAGGUUAAAUCACCUAAUGUUCUUACACUGCGUUUUUUGACUUAUGAUCCUUAAUUGAGGUUUAUUCAUCUGAAAUAUUAUCUCAUUUCUUUUGAAUGAAAAUGUUCCUUAUCCUUAUAAUUACCUUCACAAUUGUUCAAAAAGAUAUUUAAAUAUGUAGCCUCUAAGUACAAAAAAAAUGAUAACUACCUCAAUUGGUAGUAAUCAACAGUUUGAUGGAUUUUUUUCCCCUUAGACUCAGUACUUUACCAUCCUUUCUUGUAGUUACAGUAAAAACUAUAUUCCUAAAGUUUUACAAUUUAUUUCUUGUGGUCAUUCUGUUCUCUUUGUUUCAAAGAGAAUUUUGUAAACCAUUUAAUGAGUGUUGUGAUUGUUCUUUAAAUCUUUACAGAACUUUAAGUGGUUAGAUUGUUGAGCCAUACAAAGUUGAGAUACUCAGUAUGUAUAAACUCGCCCCUAAGCACUAGGGAUGUAAAGAAUUGCACUAACUUCGCAUCAUAGUAAACAAUGCACAUUUAAUUUAAAUCUUGUGUUUUAAGUUAAAGCUUGUGUGGAAGAUUAUGUUUUGGUGUCCUGAAAGUCAUGUCCAUCAAAAGAUGUAAAAAGAGAAAUCAUAAUUUUAUAUUUCAGUUUCUUCUAAAAUGGGGUGUGUUAAAUAACAAUAUCCACACUUUAGAUGUAGCACGUUUUCUGUGUGUCCCUUAAAGUAUUCUAAACAGAUGCUCUCAAAAAGCCCUUACGGGGAGUGAGAGAGGUGCCUUCUCUGCAUUGAACUCAUCAUAGCAGGCAAGUUGAAGAACCAGUUUAAACUUUUAAAUCAUUACAAAUUAUACUUAAUAUCUGACCAAUUGUGCCUAGAUAAUAAAGUAUGCUUAAGUGCUUUCUGUUUAAAUGUGAAUGCAUUAGGAUUUUUUUACAUAGGUGUAUAUUUUGUUGAAAAGUCACUUUCCUCAACGAUUUUUUGUACUGGGUCUUUAAAAAAAUAAAUCCAUCCUAUUGUAAUAGAA